AUGGAGUGGACGAUGAUCGUAUCUCAAGGUAAAGGUCGCACGAAAGGACCACAGUAUACAACAGACUUAACUAUCAUUGCCCUCGCCCUCGUGGCCGUUGCUGCCUCUGCUCCUUCUCAGCCAGCCUAUGGAUAUGCUCCUCAGCCUGCCUAUGAGGUGCCUGCCAAGUAUGACUACAACUAUGCCGUGAAGGACGAUUACUCCGGCAACGACUUCGGUCAUCAGGAGGCUCGUGACGGUUACGAUACUCAGGGCUCUUACUACGUUCUCCUUCCCGACGGUCGUCUGCAGAAGGUCGCCUACACUGUCAACGGUGACUCAGGUUACGUGGCCGAGGUCAGCUACGAGGGUGAGGCCCAGUACCCCGAGUACAAGCCUGUCUACAACCCUGCCCAGUACCCCGAGUACAAGCCUGCCUACAACCCAGCCCCUGCAUACAAGCCUGCCCCAGCCUAUAAGCCUGCACCUGUUUAUGCCUAA